UCCAUGGGAAAGCAGGGGGAAACUACGGUAUGCUAGAGCAGCAGCAAACCAAACCGUCAUAGUAUGUCAUCUGCACCAACUCUAUGAACACUCGUGGAAAUUGGAUGGAUAUAUUUUGGAAAGCAUGGAUUUUUUAGCACUUUUUGCUGUCUGUAUCUCACAACUCCUCAUUUCAGGUGGAGUGGAAGCCCUAAGAGACCUGAUUUUAGUGAAUUCCCUUCCAUUAAUUCCAAAUUCUGAAACCGCUAUGACUUGUAUUGCCCCUCAGUGGAGUUCUCCAGAGACAAUUGCAAUUGCAAGAGACUUUGAAGCAGUUGUAAAUAAGCUUCAGGAUCCUCUAGAAGUCAUUCAGGAUGAACAAAGGAGAUCAGUAAAGAAAGUCAUCUGGAAAAAAGAAAAGACAAAUGACGCCAUUGGAGCCUACUACUGUGAGUGGAAAUCACAGGAGACCGUGACACGGAUACGGACUUUAAAAAUGUCUGCACAAGCUUCCUUUAAUCCAACGUCAUUGACUGUCACUGCAAGUAGAGGAGACAACGUGACACUAAGUUUUGUGAAGAAGUUUCCAAAGGAUGAAGACGCUGUAUUCUACAAGAACAAUUCCUUUCUCCACUCCGUACCAAAGCAUGAAGUGCCACCUCUGUUGGAAUAUUCUAUAACAAAUGUUCAACCCAGUGAUGCAAGUACCUACUUAGUGCGUUACAUCGGAGGCAAUCACUUUAACACUGCUUUGACCCGAUUAAUUGUCAGACGAUGUGGAGCUCAGAAGUGGGGACCACAGUGUAACAAAACCUGUCCUGAAUGCCAUAAUAGCGGUGUUUGUCAUGAGGACACAGGGGAAUGUAUUUGCCCUCCAGGAUUCAUGGGGACAACAUGUGAAAUGGCAUGUGGUGAACACAGAUUUGGAAGAACAUGCAAGGAGACCUGUGGAGAAAAAGAAACCUGCAAGUCACAAAUGUUUUGCCUCAUAGAUCCAUAUGGUUGCUCUUGUGCCUCAGGAUGGAUGGGACUAAUGUGUGAUGAAGCUUGUCCAGAGGAUUUCUAUGGCCCUGACUGCAAGCUGAAGUGUCUCUGCACCAGGGGGACAUGUGACAGGUUUAAAGGAUGUAUUUGUUCACACGGAUGGCGUGGGUUGCACUGUGAAAACGAAGGUAAACCAUACAUCCCGCCACAGAUACAAGAGAUGGAAACAACCUUAGAAUUGAACUCAGGAAUUGAGUUUAAACCGACCUGUAGGGUCAGUGGCUAUCCGAAACCUUCUGUUCAAGAGUUUCUACUUUUCAAAGAGGAUGGCACCAUGUUUCAGGCUGUGUCAACCACUGAAAUUGAUCAACAGACAGUUGCCCAGUUUUCUGUAGGGAAGAUUGUGCCUAGAUUUUCAGGUUGGUGGAUCUACAGUGUGAAGACUGCAGCGGGAACAGAUGACCAGCAUGUCCACAUCUAUGUGAAAGUUGCUCCGUAUCCUAAGUAUGAACCAAUGUUGAAUAAAAGUGGACCCAACUAUCUUCACAUACAGGUCAACACUGACUCCUAUGGAGGAGAUGGUCCCAUUGUAACUACAACUGUAUUGUAUAAACCCUCAAAGAAAUUAACUGGGUGGAUUAACUUAAGUGUACCUGUGACUUAUAAAAUUGUCAAACUUGAAAACCUGGAGCCAAGAACUGAGUAUAAAGUUUGUGUUCAGUUGGGACGCAAAGGAGAAGGAGGAGUGGGACAUCCAGGUCCAGAAAAAGUCUUCACCACAGAAGCAUUUGGCCUUCCUCCCCCAAAAGUGAUCACAGUGACACCUAGCAGUCAAACAUCUCUAAAUCUAACUUGGUUACCAAAUGAAGAAGACUCUGAAGAAGAACACGUGUAUGAAGCAGAAUGUUGCAGUCCAAACGCUGUAGACACAGCAAUAUACAAAACAACUCCAGGAAAUGGUACUGGAAUUAUAAUCGAUAACCUGAAGCCAAAGACCGCAUACCAGUGCAAAGUAAGAGUGAACACCAAGUCACAGGGAGAAUGGAGUGAGCCAAUAUUCGCAUGGACAUACAGUGACCAAGUUCCACCACCACCCACACAUAUCAAUAUACUUAACAUCACGGAUUCCUCAGCGAUUGUCACCUGGUCACUUGAGGAAGGACACUCGAUUUCAACUGUUAUUGUCCGUUAUAAGAUAUUUGGAGAUACAGGGUACAAUCAUGACAUAAAGAUCAGAAAUAUUACUAUCACUCAAUAUCAACUGAAAGGACUGGAAGCCAACACUCCAUACCUGAUUGAGUUAUGCACUGAGAACAAUAUUGGACAAAGCCUUCACAAUCCUGUACGAGAUGUAAAAACCCGCCAGGAAGUUAGAGGGUCUGAAUCAAAAGACAGCAAUAUGCUCCUCAUUGCAAUAUUAGGCUCUGCUGGCAUGACCUGUCUAACCAUACUACUGGCAUUUCUUAUUAUGCUUCAACUGAAACGUGCCAAUUUCCAGCACAGAAUGGCCCAAGCCUUCCAGAAUGGAGUGAGGGAUGAACCAGUUGUGCAGUUUAAUGCUGGAACACUCAAUCAUUUAAGGAAAGCUAAAAACAGUCCUGAGCCAGUGGAGUACCCAGUGUUGGAAUGGAAUGAUAUCAAGUUUCAAGAUGUUAUUGGUGAAGGAAAUUUUGGACAAGUCCUUAAAGCUCGUAUUAAAAAAGAUGGUCUACGUAUGGAUGCUGCAAUUAAGAGGAUGAAAGAAUAUGCAUCAAAGGAUGAUCAUCGAGAUUUUGCAGGUGAACUUGAAGUGCUAUGUAAACUGGGAAGUCACCCCAAUAUUAUAAAUCUUCUAGGAGCAUGUGAACAUCGAGGCUACUUGUAUUUGGCUAUAGAAUAUGCUCCGCAUGGCAACCUAUUGGACUUUCUAAGGAAAAGCAGAGUACUGGAAACAGACCCAGCAUUUGCCAUAGCCAACAGCACAGCAUCAACCUUGUCAUCACAGCAGCUUCUACAGUUUGCAGCAGAUGUCGCUCGAGGCAUGGAUUACCUGAGCCAAAAACAGUUCAUACAUCGUGACUUGGCAGCCAGAAAUAUUUUGGUUGGUGAAAACUUUAUAGCAAAAAUUGCAGAUUUUGGUUUAUCAAGAGGACAAGAGGUUUAUGUAAAAAAGACAAUGGGACGGCUUCCAGUUCGAUGGAUGGCAAUCGAGUCCUUAAACUACAGUGUUUAUACCUCAAACAGUGAUGUGUGGUCCUUUGGUGUUUUGCUAUGGGAAAUUGUCAGUUUGGGUGGAACUCCAUAUUGUGGAAUGACUUGUGCGGAACUCUAUGAGAAACUACCACAAGGGUACAGACUUGAGAAACCACUAAACUGCGAUGACGAAGUGUUUGACCUUAUGCGACAGUGCUGGCGUGAAAAGCCAUAUGAGCGACCAUCAUUUGGGAAAAUACUAGUUUCUCUGACACGAAUGCUUGAGGAAAGGAAGACCUAUGUGAAUACAACGCUCUAUGAGAAGUUUGCAUAUGCCGGUAUUGACUGCUCAGCUGAAGAGGCUGCCUGAAGUCCUAUGAAUUUUCUUAGAAUGUCUUGGGUGUGCAAUAUCAUGUUUGUCUAAGAAUGUCUGUAAUCUGUACAAUAAGACUUAUCUGGUGUUACAAAUGUAAAUGUUUCUACAACUAUGUAAAUAGGUUUUCUUCUUUACAUUGGGAUUACCAUAGAUUUCACUACUGAUUUCUCUCCCAAAUUCUAUGAGCUAAAUAGUUUUUUUUAUCCUAACUGUAAACAAAUUCUGACUAUUAACAAAUUACAAAAUCAACUUUGUAUGUACAGUAUAUACUGCUAUAAUUCUGGGUAUUGUAAUGUCUGUAUCAGUGUCUGAUAGUUCAGCAUAUUAAAGCGUGAAAGGGAUGUCUAGGAUAAUUAACAGCAAAUACAAAUGAUAA